AAUAGCUCAAUCAGUAGCGAGUUGGAUUGUCGUUUGCUAGGACAGUUGAAUAGCUCAAUCAGUAGCAAGUUGGAUUGUUGUCUGCUAGGACAGUGGGGUAGCUCAUUCAGUAGAGAGUUGGAUUGUUGUCUGCUAGGACAGUUGAAUAGAUCAGUCAGUAGCAAGUUGGAUUGUUGUCUGCUAGGACAGUGGGGUAGCUCAGUCAGUAGAGAGUUGGAUUGUCUGCUA